UACAUUGCUCUGUGUUAGUGCACAUGCAAGGUGUAUUCAAUAAUUUCAUGGUUUAAAAGGAAACACCCACACAAAAGCAGAUUUUCUUGUUUCUAGAAACAUCAAACGAGAGCCAGAGAUAUGGAGGAAGAAGAGCAUGAGGUGUACGGUGGAGAGAUUCCUGACAUGGAAGGCGAUAUGGAACCUCACAACACCGACGUAGACAUGUCCGCCGCCGAUGAAGACGCCGUCAAGGAGCUGGAUGAGAUGAAGAAGAGGUUGAAGGAAAUGGAGGAGGAAGCAGCGGCUCUUCGCGAGAUGCAAGCUAAGGUUGAGAAAGAGAUGGGCUCUGUUCAAGAUCCAGCUAGUGCAGCUGCUAACCAGGCAAAUAGGGAGGAAGCGGAUUCUCGUUCUGUGUUUGUUGGCAAUGUUGAUUAUGCAUGCACGCCAGAAGAAGUCCAACAACACUUUCAGUCUUGUGGAACAGUUAACAGGGUUACUAUUUUGACAGACAAGUAUGGCCAGCCAAAGGGUUUUGCUUAUGUCGAAUUCCUUGAAGUAGAAGCUGUACAAGAGGCUUUGCUUCUGAAUGAAUCUGAACUACAUGGGCGUCAAUUGAAGGUUUUGCCCAAGAGGACCAAUGUUCCUGGGAUGAAGCAGUAUCGACCAAGGCGAUUCAAUCCUUACAUGGGUCACCGGUUUAGGAGGCCAUAUGUCCCUCCUUAUUUCUACUCCCCAUAUGGAUAUGGGAAGGUUCCUAGAUUCAGAAGACCAAUGCGAUACAUGCCCUAUUACUAGAAAGUUGUUAUAGGCAGUGAAGUUUAUCAUGUGGAUGGUUUCGUUCAGGAACUUGGAGUUUUUAUUUAUGAUCUUUUCAGAGGAAAAACAGAUAUUUUAUUGGUAUAAUGAUGAAUGUUGCUAUUAUUCAUAACCGAUGUUCUUAUAAGAUGAAGUUUUAAUUCAUAGGUUAUUGCUGCUGGCAAACUGUUCUUCAUCGAAUUUACUGUCAUUUGGAAGGGGGAUGAUUUGAAAGAGAAUAAGUUUGGUGGAAGCAUUUCUCAUUUAAGGGAUUGGAGCGUACCAUGCUUAGAACCUUGGCCCCUUGUUUUUAACCCAGUACUAGCAUUAUUUUGAUAUAAGGAUGCAUUUGGAUUGAGGAAUUUGAAAUCCAAUAUUUAUUUGAAUUUUUUAAACCUCAAAUAACUAUGAAACGUGACUGUGAUAUCAUAGUAAUUCAUGGCAAAGUACCUUUAAGAUGGAUUA